AAGUGCCAGUAUAGCUGCUGCCAGGCCGGGGCUAAUUACAUUAAUGAAACGGUUGUUUUGUACCUGUUAGUAAAUAUCAUACCCUGUAGUUGUGCGGCUGCUAUGGGCACAGUCACCAGCAGUUUAUACCCUUUGCUGAUAUUAAACCUGGACUAGUAGUAGAGGUGUCAGUCCUAUGACAAGGGUGUGCAGUCACAUUUAUUUGUAGGGAAAGUUACUUUGGGCCAUUUUAAUUAAUUACCUGCCCUGAGCUUUAUUGCCUCCCCCUUGGCAUUUCCACAGUCACGUGAGCAGUUUCUCCUACUCUGGGCAAAGUAUAAAGUCCCUUUACAUAGAACCUCAGCUGCACUUCUAGUAGAGUCUACUACACUGCCAGGACCCACUGAGCAGAACGGGAGACCCUACAGCACAUAAUGGAGGUCAGUAAAAAGCUCUUGAACUCAGUCCCAGGCUGCGUGGAUGAUGCUCUCCAGGGCCUCGUAUGCUGCUCUCCCGGACUCCGUUUGCUUCAGGGGCACCGAGUUAUACUCCGGGCUGACUUAGAAGACGUCAAGGGAAAGGUGGCGCUGCUGUCUGGUGGGGGCUCUGGGCAUGAGCCAGCCCAUGCAGGGUACGUUGGACGUGGAAUGCUCACAGGAGCUAUUGCUGGCCCGGUCUUUACCUCACCACCAGUGGGCAGCAUUGUAGCAGCGAUCCGAGCAGUGGCCGAAGCAGGAGCUGAGGGUGUGCUGCUGAUAGUGAAGAACUACACCGGUGACCGGCUGAAUUUUGGGCUAGCGCUGGAGAGGGCACGGGGAGAGGGAACAAAGGUGGAGAUGGUCAUUAUUGGAGACGACUGUGCUUUCUCCUUGCCCAAGAAGGCAGGCCGUCGUGGGUUGUGUGGAACUGUGCUUAUCCAUAAAAUAGCAGGUGCUCUGGCUGAAGAGGGGAAAAGUCUGAACGAAAUUCUUCAUUUUGUACAAUCUGCUGCCACCCGAAUUGGGACUCUUGGUGUCAGCCUGUCUCCAUGCACUGUCCCCGGCUCAGGACCUACCUUUAAGCUUGCACCGGAUGAGCUAGAGUUGGGACUGGGCAUCCAUGGCGAGGCAGGCGUGCGCAGAGACAAGAUGAAGUCCUCUGAUGACGUUGUGAAAGUUAUGAUAGAUCACAUGACUGACCCCUCCAGCCAAUCAAGGGUGGAUUUAAGCUCAGGUGACACGGUGAUCCUUGUUGUGAAUAAUCUGGGUGGUUUGUCGUGUCUGGAGCUACAGAUUGUGGCUUCUUCAGCCGUACAUUGCCUGGAGGGUCGGGGAGUGAAGAUAGAGCGUGCAAUGGUGGGGUCCUUCAUGACAGCUUUGGAAAUGAGUGGAGUCUCCCUCACUAUAAUGAAAUGCACCCCGGAAUUGCUGCAUCUCUAUGAUCGUGAAACCUCAGCUCCCGCUUGGCCUCGUAUUUCUCAUUUCCCGGUGACAGGCCAGACCCGGAUCCUGCAGUGUGUUCCAGAAACCACCACAUAUGAGGAACCCAAAGCAGACACCAUGUCUGUGCAGGUUUACAGUCGUGUGUUGGGGUGUGUUUGUGCGGCACUAUUAGCACUAGAGGAGGAACUUAAUGAUCUGGACCGUGCGGCUGGGGAUGGAGAUUGCGGAAGUACUCAUGCCCGGGCAGCCCAAGCCAUUCAGAACUGGGUGAAUUCACAGCAGAUUCCCUCUAACCCUGCAAAGCUCCUCAUGGCUCUGUCACAAGUUUUGUUGGAAAAAAUGGGGGGUACCUCCGGAGCGUUGUACAGUCUUUUUCUGAUAGCAGCUGCCCGGCCCUUACAGAGUGCGUGUGGCCCGCAGGCCUGGGCAUCGGCAAUGGAGGACGGCAUUGAAGCGAUGAAGAGGUUUGGGGGUGCAGAGCCAGGAGACAGGACAAUGCUGGAUCCAUUGUGUGCUGCUGCUGCUGUUCUUCAGUCUCUGCGGAUUCCAGGCUGUGAUUUAAUGCAGAUCGUAAGCUCUGCUGCACAGAGAGCCAUGGAGGCUGCAGAAAGCACACGACACAUGAUAGCGGGAGCAGGGAGAGCAAGUUAUAUUGGCUCCUCCUCCCUCAAUCGUCCAGAUCCAGGUGCCAUUGCAGUAGCGGCAAUUCUCAAGGCCAUCAAGGAAGGCUUGGACCCGGGAUUUGUCAGCAGCCCUUAGGAAUCUGAUGUCCAUAUUACGGCAGAGGCAAAAUCAAGCAAAAAUGCCCCACCGUCAUGAUUUUUAUGGUAUCGUUUUUUUCUAAAUUACACUGCAAAUAAUUCACUCUACAAUAUAAAAUUUCAUUCCUGAA